CCCGGGCCUCCGCGCGCCCGGCGCCCGCCAGCUGUGUGCACUCAGGUGCGGGCACCUUCCGGCCGCAACAGUCCCGAGUGCCCGCCGCCGUUGGACCGUCAGCUUUGUCUGGAGCUGGUCGGUUAUGGUUGGAACUUUCCCUGCCCUUCGUUGACUGAGUGAACCAGCCAGAAAUACAUUCCCAGGAAAUGGCCUCUAAAUCUUGGCUGAAUUUUUUAGUCUUCCUCUGUGGAUCAGCAAUAGGGUUUUUUUUAUGUUCUCAACUCUUGAGUAUUUUGUUGCGAGAAGAGGCUGCCAUUCAGCCUAACAUGCUUCACAAUGACCCUCAUGCAAGGCAUUCAGAUGACAAUGGACACAGUCACCUCAAAGGACAGAUGAACUUCAAUGCAGAUUCCAGCCAACAUAAAGAUGAGAACAUAGACGUUGCUGAGAACCUCUAUCAGAAAGUUAAAAUUCUUUGUUGGGUUAUGACAAGUCCUCAAAAUCUAGAGAAAAAGGCCAAACAUGUCAAAGCUACGUGGGCCCAGCGUUGUAAUAAAGUGUUAUUUAUGAGUUCGGAAGAAAAUCAAGACUUCCCUACUGUGGGAUUGAAAACCAAAGAAGGCAGAGAGCAACUAUAUUGGAAAACAAUUAAAGCUUUCCAGUAUGUACAUGACCAUUAUUUAGAAGAUGCUGACUGGUUUAUGAAAGCAGAUGACGACACAUACGUCAUUGUGGACAACCUGAGAUGGCUUCUAUCAAAGUAUAACCCUGAACAACCCAUUUACUUUGGGCGAAGAUUUAAGCCCUAUGUGAAGCAGGGAUACAUGAGCGGAGGAGCGGGCUAUGUCCUAAGCAAGGAAGCCUUGAGAAGAUUUGUUAAUGCAUUUAAAACAGAAAAGUGUACACAUAGUUCCUCCAUCGAAGACUUAGCUCUGGGAAGGUGCAUGGAAAUUAUAAAUGUAGAAGCUGGAGAUUCCAGAGAUACCAUUGGGAAAGAAACCUUCCAUCCAUUUGUACCAGAACACCACUUAAUCAAAGGUUAUCUACCAAAAACAUUUUGGUACUGGAAUUACAACUAUUAUCCUCCCAUAGAGGGUCCUGGAUGCUGUUCUGAUAUUGCAGUUUCUUUUCACUAUGUUGAUGGGACAACUAUGUAUGAAUUAGAAUACCUCGUUUAUCAUCUUCGUCCAUAUGGUUAUUUAUAUAGAUAUCAACCUGCCUUACCUGAGAAUAUACUGAAAGAAAUUAAUCAAGUAAACAGAAAGGAAGAUACAAAAAUAAAAUUAGGCAACCCCUGAAAGCAGAACAUAAGUGGUCUACAUUGCACUGAAGGACUCUUGCCUUUCUACGGAACCCUGAAAUCCCAGUGAGGAACUCACCUGAAGUGAACAUUCCAUAUAGAAAUCUUUCAAAUGGAUGACUAUAAACUGAAGCAUUUAAAGAGCUGUGAAGUUUGCUAAAACGUGUUUUGAUACAGUAAUAUAUAAAUAUAAAUAAAUAUAUAUGAAGAAUUUGUGUUUUUAAAUGGUGACAGAAGAGCUAGAAAGACUCUGUUUCUGACUGUUCCCAACAGUGUAUGUUGUUAUCACUACAGUUGGAGUGGUUAGUUUAUAAUCACCUUCUGCACCACACCAGUUAGAACACAAUGCUGAACAGAUCUGCCUUAAAGAAAGAAAGAAAGAACUGUUGCUCAGUGUUGUUUCUCAGCUGAUAUGUGUAUGCUACAAACCAGCCUUCCAGUUGCCGAAUGAAAACUUUCCUGUGAUUAUAUUAUUUAUAAUUGGCAGUGUUUCCUCAAGAAGAAUAAGAAGGGCACUUACCCCAAAGUGCAGUAAUUAACCACAUUUCCAAUUAUUCCGAGCCUUGACUCCAUUAGAUACUUAGUUCUAAAGAUAAUCAACCCGAUACCAAGUCCCCAUUGUCCCCUUUCCAAAUGUUUGACCCUGAAUACCAUUUUUCACUAUUAAUGCUAAUUUACUCAAAGCAUUGGCAGCAUUCUGUAAAUCAUGCAUUUUCAAAUAUGUUGUUCCCCGAUUCACCCAUUGUUAAUUGUAGGUAACAAUUAAAUUUAAUGCUGUUUGGA